AGUGGGAGGAAUAGUGUCCCAUCAUUGAUGUCAGUGGGAGGAAUAGUGCACCAUCAUUGGUGUCAGUGGGGAGGAGGAAUAGUGCCCCAUCAUCGGUAUCAGUGGGGAGGAGGAAUAGUGCCCCAUCAUUGAUGUCAGUGUGGGGAGGAGGAAUAGUGCCCCAUCGUUGGUGUCAGUGGGGAGGAGGAAUAGUGCCCCAUCGUUGGUGUCAGUGGGGAGGAGGAAUAGUGCCCCAUCGUUGGUGUCAGUGGGGAGGAGGAAUAGUGCCCCAUCGUUGGUGUCAGUGGGGAGGAGGAAUAGUGCCCCAUCAU